GGGGCCUGGACGGGUCGAGGGGCGGGGUCAGAUCUCGGGCCCGCCUCCCCGAGCUCCUGUGAGCGACCGGGAGCUGGGCAACCCAGCUCUUCCAGGGGCUUCAGGUGAGCAGGGGGCACCGAAAGGUCAGGACGCCUCCCCGGAGGUCGGGCCGUUGGUCGGGCCGCGGGUCCAUCUGUCCUGCCGUCUGCCAACAGCGGUCUCCGCGGAGAAUGGGAGAACAAAGGAGGGGGCGGUUCUGGGGCCCCCGAGGGAAUGAAGGGUCGCAGGUACCCCGCCCUGCCCGCUGACAGUUUCGAUUUCUCCCUGAGUCAGAGGCGCCGCCCUAGAGACCCUGGGCUGGCGGCGGGCGCAGCAGCCUGUCCGCGUUUGCCUGUCCGUCUUUGUGUCUGUCUCUGGGUCUGUUUGGCUGUGCCCGAACUUGCCUCCGCCGCUCAGACUGAGCCUCCCGGACACCCCGGUAUCCCGCCAACUACCCCCUCUCCCAUGGCAGGCUACUUGCCCCACAAAGGGCACGCCCCUUCACCCCCACCUCCCUACCCUGUGACCGCGGGGUACCCGGAGCCGGCCCUGCACCCUGGGCCCGGGCAGGCGCCAGUGCCCGCCCACGUACCUGCCCCUGCGCCCGGCUUCUCUGUCUUCCCCUCGCCCGGCCCCGGAGCCCCAGGGCCUGCCGCCCCCUUCUUGCCACUGCCGGGGGUGCCUUCCGGCCUCGAAUUCCUGGUGCAGAUCGAUCAGAUCUUGAUUCACCAGAAGGCUGAGCGCGUGGAAGCGUUCCUAGGCUGGGAGACCUGUAACCGGUAUGAACUGCGCUCGGGGGCCGGCCAGCCCCUGGGUCAGGCGGCUGAGGAGAGCAACUGCUGCGCGCGUCUGUGCUGUGGCGCCCGCCGGCCCCUGCGUGUCCGCCUGGUGGACCCCGGUGACCGCGAGGUGCUCCGCCUGCUCCGCCCCCUCCACUGUGGCUGCGGCUGCUGCCCGUGCGGCCUCCAGGAGAUGGAAGUCCAGGCUCCCCCCGGCACCACCAUUGGCCACGUGCUACAGACCUGGCACCCCUUCCUCCCCAAGUUCUCCAUCCAGGAUGCUGAUCGCCGUACCAUCCUGCGUGUGGUGGGGCCCUGCUGGACCUGUGGCUGCGGCACAGACACCAACUUUGAGGUCAAGACCCUGAGCUCUAACAUCCAAACCCACUGUGACUCGUACCACACUUCCAGGGUUCCUCCACUCAGGAAGGGAUGUCCCUGUGGUCCUGAGAAAUGAAAGCUUGGCAAAGAAGUGUUUUCUUAGGGACCAGUGCUGAUGGUCGCUGGCAGCCCUGUGUGGAAGGGGAAAGAGUCUAAAGCCAGGCCCGAUUUAGGGCAAGUCUGCUGUGGGCUGGACCCACGUGGCUCCUUUGCAGGAGUCUGUGAGCCCUGACCCAGGAGCAAGCACCAGACUUGCUAAGAUCCUGCUGCUUGCCCCGCCAACCUAGAAGUCCAAACAGCCCCUCCAACCGGGAAUCUGGGUGAUCUAUAUCCCUGUCAUCAUGCAUUUCUGUCAUCCGCCGGGAGAGCCCAAGUGCUGAUACUCUCAGGGGAAGGUUUCUAGAAGACAGGUAUCUCACAGACACUUGAGUUCCCUCAGGGAUAAUCACCCGUACAGAUAAGGAAGGGAUAACAGUUAGAAGCCCACAGACUUCCCAAGGCUGUUGAUGAGGUGUCUGGCCUAAGCCUGCUUUUAAAACCGAGUCACCUUGGUGUGUGGGUGGAGGUUCCAUGAUGGGACGAUCACUGGUGAGCUCUGGAUGGGAACAGGGAGACCUCAGGGCCCUCACAGGGCCAGUCUCCCUUUUACCUAACUGUGAAGGAUCCCUAUUUGGGGCUGCAGUUGGGACCCCAGGGCUGGCAGGGAGAAGCCCUUCCUCAUCUUGAGACUGGUCUGCAGGAGUGCCCCAGCUCUGGGAGGCAGUGGGGGAAGGUGACGGGAUGGGCAUUGUUCCAGUCAUGAAGACUAAGCCUAGGAAAAGGACCGGGGGAUCACUGUGAGUUCCCACCCACAGCGGCAGGGGCUCUUGCUGCUGGGCCCAGGGAGGCCCGUGAAAAUCUGGGUCCUCACAGGCCACAUACUGCUGCCCCCAUAGAAGCAGGUGGAUGAAGCUGCUGAUGGUGGACAGGGUCUGUCCUACUUUGCAGAUUCGAGGAAAACCACACCUUCGGACAGCCACAGCCUUCCAGGAGCCUGGGGGGCUCCUAGAGCUCAGCCUGCCCAGCCCCACUUGACCAGGCUACUGUGUUCAGGGCAUCCAGGGCACCCACCAUGGGUGCCAGGUACUUUGGUAACCAGAACAAACCCAGCGGGCAGCCCUGUGCUGAGAUGAGCCCAUCACACUUACACGUGUGCCACCGCUGAUGUUCUGUUCUCAUGUGAGGCCUUUUAAGAGCCACACAUCAGACCCCAAAUUCUGAUUUUUGCUAUACACACGCAGCAUGACCUAGGCUGACUCAGUUUCCCCCGAUGUCACGUGGAAACCUGGGGCUGUCGGAAGGAUUCCCGGAGUGGAGGGCCUGCAUGGUUCGUGCGGGGUGAUGGUGGGGGGUCAGUCGCAUCCUUCCCAGUUGGGUUCUGCCCCCCACCCCCAGGUGAAGACCCCGGAUGAGUCCCGCAGUGUGGGCCGCAUCAGCAAGCAGUGGGGGGGGCUACUCCGAGAGGCCCUUACGGAUGCAGAUGACUUUGGCCUGCAGUUCCCGC